AUGGAUAUAUACGAUCCUCAGACGUUAGGGGUGAUGGUGUUUGGAGGUUUCAUGGUGAUAUCCGCCAUUGGCAUUGCCCUUGUGUCCACCUUUUCGAUGAAGGAAACAUCUUAUGAAGAAGCUUUGGCCAAGCAACGUAAACAGCAUGAUAAGAACCAGCCCAAAGUGGAUAAAAAGAAGAAAGAUAAACUCACUGAAAAGAAACCAAAGUCAAAGAAAAUGGAUGAUAAACCCAAUGGAAAAUUACCUGAGCAUGAACCUUCUGUGCAAACUAUUAAGCGGAAGAAAGUUGAACAUCCAGUUGUAGUGGAAUUGGUUAAAGCUCAGGAAACUGUGACCCGUGUAACACCAAAUGUGUCUGCAGCUCCAGAAAAGGCAACUUCCUCUCCCAAGGACAAAGACACAAAGAAAAAACAGGCAAAGAAAGUCCAGAAAGUUGAACCAUCUCUGGGUCCAGUGAUUGCUGUGACUAAAGCAGUUUCAAAAUCUGCUCCAGUUUUGGAGGCUACUGUCAAAGAAGUGCCUGUGGUUGCUGUUCCUCCAGUUGCAGCAAAGCCAAGCACGAAGGUUUCUCCAAUUGGGGCAAAGCCAAACACAAAGCUUGUUCCUUCACUUGAAGAAAAGCAAAGCACAAAACGUGGCCCUCAAGGUGAAGCAAAGCAGAACACAAAGUCUGUUCCUCCAGCUGAAGCAAAGCCAAACACAAAGCCUGUUUCUCAGAAUGAAGGAAAAUCGAACAAAAAGCCUGUUGCUCCAGCUGAAGCAAAGCCCAACACAAAGCCUGUUUCUCCAAAUGAAGCAAAGUCGAGCAAAAAGACUGUUCCUCCUCCAGCUGAAGCAAAGCCCAACACAAAGCCUGUUUCUCCAAAUGAAGCAAAGUCGAGCAAAAAGACUGUUCCUCCUCAAGCUGAAGCAAAGUCAAGCACAAAGCCUGUUUCUCCAAAUGAAGCAAAGUCGAGCAAAAAGCCUGUUCCUCCAGCUGAAGCAAAGUCAAGCACAAAGCCUGUUCCUCCAGCUGAAGCAAAGUCCAACACAAAGCCUGUUUCUGCGAAUGAAGCAAAGUCAAGCAAAAAGACUGUUCCUUCAGCUGAAGCAAAGUCUAGCACAAAGCCUGUUCCUCCAACUGAAGCAAAAUCAAACACAAAGCCCAUUUCUCCAGCUGAAACAAAGUCGAGCAAAAAGGCUACCCCUCCAGCUGAAGGACAGAUGGACACAAAGCAUGUUCCCCCAGUUGAAGGAAAGCCAAGCAAAAAGCUUUCUCCUCCAGGUGAAGCAAAGUUAAACACAAAGCUUGUUUCUCCAGUUGAAGCAAAGCCAAGCACAAAGCUUGGCUCUCCUAAGCCAAGCACCCCAGUCACUAAUACUCAGGCCCAACCUCCUAAAAAAGCUGAGCCACAAAAAACAGCGAUCCCGGAGGACCAGACACAAGAACCAGCUCCAAAGAAAAAGAAACCAAAGAAGAAAUCUGAGCCAGUUUCCAAUGGAUUGGAUGGUGCUCUGUACCUCCCAUACAAGACCCUGGUUUCUACCAUCAGCAGUAUGGUUUUAAGUGAAGGGGAGGCACUGAAACUCAUUGAAAUCCUGACGGAGAAAAACGGCAUCAAGCAGGAUAACUGGCACACAGCCACUCAAAAGGGAGAUCCAGUUGCAGGUCUAAAAAAGCAGUUGGAGGAGAAAGAAAAAUUACUGUCAGCAGAACAAGAAACCGCAGCUGCUGCUAAAAAUAAGCUGCGUGAGAUUACCAAGGAACUGGCAGCAGAGAAAACCAAAGUUACUGGUGUUGAAGCCAAAAUGAAAGAGCAGAUCUUAUCUCGAGAACAGGAGAACAAUGCUCUGCAAGCCCGAAUGCAGGCCACUUACAAGACUCACUUGGUGGAGAUCCAGCAGCUACAAGGAAAGAUUCGGACUCUGCAAGACGAACUUGAAAAUGGCCCAAAAGCACAACUUGCCCGCCUACAACAGGAAAACUCAAUUCUUAGAGAUGCACUAAACCAAGCUACAAGCCAAACUGAGAGCAAGCAGAAUGCAGAACUGGCUAAGCUUCGUCAGGAAUGCAGCAAGCUAUCCAAAGAGCUUACCGAAAAGUCAGAGGCGCUGCACCAGGAGGAGCAGAGGAGGAAGAGUGUGGACGGGAAAAUCUCUGCCUAUGAGAAGCAAGUGGCCCAACUGCAGACUCAACAACAGGAAAGUGCAGCUACACUACAGAAGAGACUGGAUGAAGUAAACGAAGAACUGCGCAAGUCUCAGAAUGGUUACCAAACACUACUUGCAGACACGGAAAAGGCCAAAGGAGAACAGAAGAACGUGGCAGAUCUUCAGACUAAACUGAUGUCCUAUGAAGCUGAAGGCAAGCAAAAAUCCGAAGAGUUGGGAAGACUGAACCAAAAACUUCAGGAGGUUACCGGUGAAAACACACAGCUUUUGGAAAGAAUAAAAUCCAUUGAAGCUUUGCUGGAGGCAGGACAGAGCAGAGAUGCAGAGAAACAGCAGCAGGAAAGUAAAGAAGCAGAAAUGGUGCAGUUACAUGCCAGACUUCAAGAAAAAGAAGCUCAGAUUUCUUUACUGGAGAAAGAGGCUGCCGAGUUAAAGGAUACGGUUGAACAACAGAAAAAUAAAAACAAUGAACUUCGAGAGAAAAACUGGCAGGCGAUGGAUGCUUUGGGAAAGGCAGAAAAAACAUGUGAAGAGAAACUGAGCUCUGAGAGGAAAGCAAAGGAUGAUCUGGAACAUCAACUCGGUCAUAUUCAGACUCAGGCCAAAGAAACCUUGUUGACCCUUUUCCCACAGGUGUCUGUAGAGUCUCACCAGUUAUACAGUGAAUGGCUUCAGGAAUUCAGAGAAAAAUCCUCAGAUAUACUUAAACAGCUGAGCCAGCAUUCAGACCAGACAGAUUCUUCAGAUUCAUUACUUAAAUUAAAGGAAGCAGAAGAAGCACAGGCCUCAUUGCAGGCAGAAUGUGAACAAUAUAGGACUAUCCUUGCCGAAACGGAAAGAAUGCUGAAAGAUCUUCAAAAGAGUGUUGAAGAGGAGGAACAGGUGUGGAAAGCCAAAUUGGAAGAAUCUGAGGAGGUGCACAAGACGUCACAACUUCAAGUGAAAUCUUUAGAAGAGUCUGUGGAAAGACUGAAAUUAGAAGUCCAGAGUGCUGACCAGUUGAAGGAAUGCAUUGCCCUUAUGGAGGCCCAGCUGGAAACCCAGAUGAAUACAUCCAGCACAGAGUGUCAGACGUACUCUAUAGAAGUGGAGAGUUUGCGGCAGCUUUUGUCAGAGUCACAGGAACAGAUGGAAUCUACAAAAGCAGAAGCCAGAAAACAGAGCAAAGAGCUUUCUCUGCUCAGGCAGCAGUUAAGUGAAAUGCAGAAUCAUGUACAUGACUCUCAUGGCUCAGAUCAAAAGCUGAAGGUACCACAGUCAAGUCUGGAUGACCAGCAUGAAGAGCAGAAUAUGUCCGACCAGCAUGAAGAGCAGAAUAUGUCCGACCAGCUGGAAGAGAAAUCUGUGUACAGCUUGCAACAGGAGUUGGAGAAACUAAAAUCUGCAGAAGAGAUCUUAACUGGCACAGAGGAAGCCCAGCAGCUGAAGGAACAGGAUUCCGGCAGCACUGAUGGAACAUCCGUUUGAUCCUAUUUUUAUUUUUUUCUAUUUUUACCAAAAUGCCUUAAACAUUCCUUUCUUGAAAUUCAAAUAAUAAUAUUUCAGUGAGCCAAAAUACUUCAAAAUGUAUUAGUUAAGAUGAUAUCCAUGUGUUAAUCUGAAGAAGAAACAUUCCACUAUGAAACCACUGACCGUGUCAGUACCGCCAUAUCUUCGCCUCUGCCUUCCACACCAGUGGACUAAAUCCGUCGGUUGGCCUACAGAAAGGGACAGUCUGUACUCUGUACAUGAAUCAGUGCAAUUUCUUUAUUGUUUAUAUUUCUGAAUGAACAAUGUAUGGAUGCAAAGGGCAGGAAAAAGGAUGAGAAUGCCAUAUUGUAACUGGUCUCCAGUAUAAAAUCACUUGACUUGAUGGUUGCUGAAAUGACAUUAAAAAAUAUUGAUGUAGCCAUGAAAA